AUGGCCUGGAUUUCAAGCGGUGAUACCAAUGAAGAACUCGUCAACAAUAUGCAAAAGCGCGGGCUAAUCCGGAGUGAUGUCGUCGCAGAGGCCAUGAAGCGCGUCGACCGUGCAAACUAUGUCCGUCUCAAGGGAUAUGCGUACGAUGAUGCACCUCAAACAAUUGGGCACGGUGCAACCAUUUCAGCGCCACAUAUGCACGCUCACGCAUCCGAGUAUCUCCUCCCUUGGAUCCAUCCAGACGCACACAUUCUCGAUGUAGGCAGUGGCUCUGGAUACACUGUUGCCGUCUUUCAUCAUCUUAUCAAGACGACUUCGUCGGCAAGGACCAAAGGGACCGUAACCCCUUCGGCAAUCUCACCAGGCAAAGUUGUUGGGAUUGAGCACAUUCGUGCGCUUGUCGAUUGGUCUGUCGGGAAUCUCAAGAGUGAUGGGUUGGGGGGUGCGUUGGACAAGGGGGAGAUUGUCAUGGUCACGGGUGAUGGUCGAAAGGGAUGGGCCGCCGGUGCGCCGUACGACGUUAUUCAUGUCGGGGCGGCAGCUCCCGAAAUCCCCCAAGCACUGAUCGAUAUGCUGAAAGCACCAGGAAGAAUGUUCAUCCCUGUCGGACCAGAUGGCGGUGACCAGGAUAUAUGGACGGUGGACAAGGAUGCCGAGGGAAAUGUGAAGAAGACACGAUUGUUUGGAGUCCGAUACGUGCCGUUGACCGACGAAGCGACGCAGACGGGAUCGAGGUACUGA